CUCCCCUCUUUAAUCGCGUACGUUUUAAAAUGGCGGUGUCUGACGAGAUGUUGGCGCUGUAUGAAGCGCAGCGACGCGCUCACGAGACCGUCCUUGCGCUGCAGACGCAGAUUGAGGAGGAAGAAGCCGUGUACUUGGAGGAGACGCCACACGGCAACAUUAUCCGUGGAUGGGACGGCUUUAUCGACUCGAAGCAGCCGCGCAAGGACGCGAACCCCAAAAAGAUUAAGCCCUACACCGAGACCGAGCAUCUCUUCUCCAACUCCUGCUUCUACGCCAGCAUGGCGGGUGAGCCUAGCUUCGACCAGGUGGACAUUUAUAACACGACCAAGAACGAGGGCACAGGGCGCCGCAAGCUCACAGUCACGCUGUCAGUGGGGAAGGGCACGGACAGCAUUAGUGGAGUAGUUGAUAGCUCCGCUGCGCUCAGUACACACGCUGCGUACAGAGAAGGAAAAGGGUCUAAAGUGCAUUCGGUGCAGAAGACAGCAAAGACUGUUGCCCAGUCUACAACGGGGAAGGGAGUAGCAGACUCCAGUUACCAGGCAUCCAAACUAAAGAAGAGAAAGCGAGAGGCGGAGGCUACCAAGGCGAAGACACUUGAAACUGUGUCAACAGAUUUACAGUCUACUGCUGCUAUAGCAACGACUGCGACGGCAGCAGUACCGCCUCCUGCUAGCGACUUUUUGGACGUGCUCUAAUAUAAUAACAACACAGUUUUCUAGAAUGCGAAAAUGCA